GCGGCGCAGUGAUACGGAGAGUGUAUUCUCGCAGGGCUGCGGCCUGUUCACUCACACGCUCGUAGUGCGGCCUAUCGGUACCGGCGGCGAGCUGACCCACUGGGACUGAGCGGCGUGUUGGAGGCACGGUAGAGCGGUGCUGUAGCGGCUGCGCAGCGGGACCCGCCUAGUUCUUCAAAAUGACGCAGUUUUUGCCUCCCAACUUGCUGGCACUUUUUGCCCCGAGAGACCCCGUCCCGUACCUCCCACCCUUGGAAAAACUGCCACAUGAAAAGCAUCAUAACCAGCCCUACAGUGGUAUUGCUCCGUAUAUAAGAGAGUUUGAGGACCCCAGAGAUGCUCCACCUCCGACUAGAGCAGAGACUCGGGAAGAGCGGAUGGAACGGAAGAGAAGAGAAAAGAUUGAGAGAAGACAGCAGGAUGUUGAAAAUGAAUUGAAAAACUGGGACCCCCAUAACGACCCGUACGCUCAAGGCGAUGCCUUCAAAACACUGUUUGUUGCCCGAGUGAAUUACGACACAACAGAAUCCAAACUCCGGCGAGAGUUUGAGGUGUACGGGCCGAUUAAGCGGAUUCACAUGGUGUAUAAUAAGCGCAGUGGAAAGCCUCGUGGAUAUGCCUUCAUUGAGUAUGAACACGAGCGAGAUAUGCACUCUGCAUACAAGCAUGCAGACGGGAAGAAAAUCGACGGGAGGCGCGUGUUGGUGGACGUGGAGAGGGGACGCACGGUGAAGGGCUGGCGACCGCGCAGACUCGGUGGCGGUCUGGGCGGCACGCGGCGAGGUGGGGCAGAUGUCAAUAUCAGGCACUCCGGGAGAGACGAUACAUCGAGAUACGAUGAGAGGGAUCGUGACCGAGAGAGGCAACGAGACCCCACGGAACGAAGCCGAGAGCGCGAAAAGGACCGCGAGAGACGCCGGACUCGUUCCAGAGAGCGCAGGAGAAGAACCAGGAGUCGGGAAAAGGAAGAGAGAAAGCGUAGCAGGGAAAGAAGCAGGGACAAGGAUAAAGAUAAGGACAAAGAUAAAGACAAGGACAGGGAACGCAAACGUAGGAGUCGUAGUAGAGAUCGCAAACGUGACCGUGAUCGCGACAGAGAGAAAAAGGAGGAGCGGGUAGAUGGGGAGGUUCCGGAGGCCGAAGCACCUACUGAGGAUCUCCAGGCUGGCGACGCGGGUAUAGAUGGCAUUGAAAUAAAACAGGAGCCAGAAGAGAAGGGCAGAGAUCGGGAUAGAGAGAGGGACAGAGAAAAGGACCGGGAUAAGGACAGAGAUCGCGAUAGGGACAGGAGGCGAAGUCACAGAGACCGGGACAGGGACAAGGACAAAGAUAAGGAUCGGGAUAGAGAGAGGGGUGAUAGAAGAAGAGACAGAGACCGGGAUAGAGAGAGGGACAGGGAUCACAAAAGAGAUAGGGACAGAGGCGACCGCAGUGAAAAGCGAGGUGAGGAGCGGGUGCCGGAUAACGGUAUGGCCCCGGAGCCGGCCGAGGAGACCAGCCAGGACAUGUACUUGGACCAAGAAUCGAUGCAGUCCGGAGAUGGCUACCUAUCCACGGAGAAUGGCUACAUGAUGGAACCUCCUAUGGAGUGAUGAUCUUUAUCCCGAGGAACAAUCCUUCCUCAUGGACUUUAUCUUCCACAGCCAGACUUAUGUGUGUGUUCGGGAGCCGCCCCUCGCAAGCUCUGCUUUCAUCCACGGCGUACAACUGGACAUUUUUGGGGAUAUUUUAUUUCAAAUCGUCGCGUAACCAAACCAAGUUAUCUCCGUUUUUUUUUUUUUGUAGGUGGGUAUAUUUCCAAUUUGUGUAUCCAUUGUCCUCUUUGAACUUGUGUAAAGUUGAUUUAUUUUUUUUUUAAUCCACAAGAAUAAAAAAAAAUCAUAAUGUUUAGUUUGUCUUAAACGUAA